AUGAUCCGUCGUCACGGUGAGAGGGUGUUCGUCGUCGCACUCACACUGAUUGCCGUCGUCACGCUAGUUGGCCUCCUCUUUGUUCUGAAUCGACCCCGAAACCGUUACGAUUACCAACUGGGCGAUGGGUGUCUGCUGCCGAGAAGGUCCGAUCCCCACGUGGAAAAGAUGGCGGAAUUCGCGGUGGCGGAGUACAACAAACAAUUCGACGGGGAGGAGGAGCAGACAAAGAAGUCUGUGUCCGGACAUUUAACGAGGAUGAAGAUCCAGAUAGUUGCCCCGGGGGGCAUCAAGUAUACGUUUCAAAUCAUGGACAGGCAUCAUCCGGUUGUGAUGUUUUACGAGGCUGUCGUGAUCGAGAUGAACUGGCUGAACUACAGAAAAUUGGUCUACUUCAAAAAAUUAAGGAGAGGCUUCUUUAAUCAACUCGUUACAGACGUAAAUUGGGAUUGA